AUGAGCUCAGUUUUGGAAUCCACGGAUCUCAAGAACAAGCUCGAGGAUCUUUCAGGGGUUGUCAUUAAACCUGGUGAAAAUCCCUACAACGCUCUGAUAGAGGCUUGUGGUAAUGAUCCUGCUCAAAUACAAGCGCUCUACGCGGCGCAUCGUGUAAAGCGAAAUGCUCAGCAGAGGGAGAAGUUCGUCUCGCCGGACUUCAGAGAGCUCAUCAUAGACCCGUACCUUCUAAGACUCGAGAAUCCGGAGAUCGAGCCAGGUUUCAAGGACCAGAGAAAUUGCAUGACCUUUUGGGGUCGGCCUCCGAUCCACGUACUGGAACUUGCUGACAAGCUUCAACAAAAACUCAAGGCUUGCGCUCCUAGUAUCUGGUUGAUGCCAUUACACCGCAUGCACAUCACGACACUCGAAAUAACGUUUUCCAAGACACCAGAGGAGGUUCAUUCUAUCAAGAAGGUUUUAGAGCCCGCUGUUCCAACGGUAGCGAACUACACACUCCGCCACCGUGCUCGCUUGGUGAAGCCGCUCAUUUCUUAUGACUUGUCUGCAUUCGCUAUGUCGUUCCUUCCAGCCAGCAAUGAGCCUAAUAUCUCACCGCCACCGACAGCACUUGAGACCGGCGAAGUUGAGGAAGGGGAUCAAUACUCCUAUCAUCAUCUCAGGCGAGAUGUGUGGGACCUAGCUAAGAAGGCUGGAAUCACGGUCGAUUCUCGAUAUAUUGUACCUAGUGCUCAUAUAACCCUUGGGCGGUACCUUACAGAUGAGGAGCACGCCACUCCUGAGCAAAGGAAGAAAUGGGUUGACACAAUCGACGAGAUCAAUCAGUGGCUGGAGAAGGAAGUUUGGAACCAAGAUGGCGCUGACUUGAUUGGUGAGUGGCUCGUGGGCCAAGAGAAGGGCCUCGAUGUCAGAGUUGGAACCUUGUGGUAUGGAGGUGGGCGAUCCGUGCUUACUGGCGAAGGCUUUUGA